UGCUUGCACUAAAAAAGCUGAGUUAGCUAGCUAGCUACAGACCUCACCAUCAAAGAAGAACCAAACUCAUCAGAAACUUCCCUUGAGCCAUUUUAGUCAGUACCAAAAAAAUCAUGACAGGGUCGGGUUCGCCUUGUGGAGCGUGCAAGUUCCUGAGGAGGAAAUGCGCGAGGGGAUGUGUAUUUGCACCUUACUUCUGCCAUGAGCAAGGUGCUGCCCAUUUUGCUGCAAUCCACAAGGUCUUUGGUGCCAGCAAUGUCUCCAAGUUGCUUGCUCACUUGCCUGUCACCGAUCGUUGCGAGGCCGCGGUUACCAUCUCUUAUGAAGCUCAGGCCAGGCUCCAAGACCCCAUCUAUGGCUGUGUCUCCCACAUCUUUGCUCUUCAGCAGCAGGUUGUGAAUCUACAGGCUCAGCUAGCUUCAAUGAGGGAACAAGCUUCCCAUCACAACUUUGCCUACAACAUGAGCUCUGCCACAUCAGCAAACCCUAACAACAGUGACCACAGACACUAUGGAAAUCAUCACAGUGCUCAUAACCCAAUACAAGAUCUGCAGAGCUGGCUGCAAGAUCAGUAUCCAUGUGGAGUCCCCAACAGCAACAACAUGGUGCCACAGCCAUACAACCAAAGCCCAGACAACAUGAACAUGGCAGCUGCUGCUGGUGGUGGGGGCUAUGUGGGGAACUAUGGAAGUAAUAACUCCAGCACUUCAUUUGACAGCUUUGAGGAUGCUUCUAAUUCAAUGUCUUCCAUGGACAUCAAUGAAACAGAUCAACAACACAGCAGGAGGUGGCGGCCGGCUUCUGCUUAUAACCAUCCUCAAGAUCAAGCUGAUGAUGAUCUUCAGUCUGUGGCUUUUGGUUAUUUUCAGCAUUAGUGAUCAUGUAUGCUAAAGCUUUUUCAUGCGGCAGCACUCUCUGGUCGGUUAUCGUUAUCAUCAUCAUCAUCAUAUAUCAGAAAGAAUCGGUGUCAAGGCAGAAGUAGACAAUAUUUUCUCUGUCAAUUUUUGAAAUGCCUGUGCAACAUCAAUCGCAUCAGAAAAGGAAGACAACUUUUUUCUCUCUUUAGUUUAAUUGUUGCGCUAUAAAAUAUACAAUAGUAG